GGUUUAUUGCACUCGCUCUAAUCUGUUACAAUUAUGUGCACAUCGGCUGCAGUACAAGGUCUGGGGCUCAGCUACACAAUGAGGACCCUACUCUUUCUCAUUUAUUUGGACAUCCUUCUCACAGUGAAAGCCACCCCACCGGAAUGCAAUUUGCAAAGUAUCCUCGAAAGUGAGAGAGACCAGUGCUAUAAAAUGCCGUGGAACUUUAUAAAUAGUUCUGAAAUUCUUGGGGUUGACUCAGGCUGUAUUGGAAUGUGGGAUAACCUGACUUGCUGGCCCUCUUCUUCACUAGGACAAACUGUUGCUGUAUCUUGUCCUAAAUUGUUCUAUGUUCUGAUCGGUAAAGAAGGUUUUGUUUACCGAAACUGCACUAGUGAGGGCUGGUCCGAGCCAUUCCCUGUGUAUGGAAUUGCAUGUGGAUUUGAUGUCAAUGAUCCAACAAAUGUUGCCGAAACAUCAUACUAUGUGAACGUGAAGAUGAUGUAUACCAUAGGAUACAGCCUUUCUUUCAUAUCCCUGUCCAUUGCUAUAGCAAUUCUUGGCUUCUUUCGGAAACUUCAUUGCACCAGGAAUUACAUUCAUAUGCACUUGUUCAUGUCCUAUAUUCUCCGUGCAGUAUCAAUCUUCAUAAAAGACAGUGUGUUAUUUUCUAAUGAUGAUCGUCAUCACUGCAAUACUUACUCGGUCGAAUGCAAAGUUGUUAUGGUUUUCUUCCAAUACUGUAUUAUGGCUAAUUUCAGUUGGCUGCUUGUUGAAGGAAUGUAUCUCCACACACUCCUGGUGGUAUCUGUCUUUUCUGAACGGAAAUACUUUUGGUGGUACAUUGUUCUAGGAUGGGGUGGACCAUCAAUUUUUAUUAUGCCCUGGGCAAUUGCAAGGCAGGUACAUGAAAACAUUGGGUGCUGGGAUGUUAAUUCAGAUGAGUGGAUUUGGUGGAUCAUCAAGGGACCUGUAAUUCUAUCUAUUUUCAUCAACUUAAUCCUCUUUGUUCGCAUCAUUGGAAUAUUAAUUAAAAAGCUAACAACAACUGACCUUAAGGGGAAAGAUUUUAGCCAAUACAGGAGACUUGCAAAAUCCACUCUCUUGUUAAUACCAUUGUUUGGAGUCCACUAUGUUGUUUUAGCAAUUUUGCCAGACGCAAAAAAACAGCUUGCAAUAGAGAUGAGACUAUGUUUUGAGCUCGCUUUUGGUGCAUAUCAGGGCCUUGUUGUGGCAGUACUUUACUGUUUCCUUAAUGGUGAAGUUCGAGCUGAAGUUAAAAGAAAAUGGAGACGAUGGAGGUUAAAGAAGUAUUUUGCUGUUGAUUUGCGCAACCAACAGAGUUCUAUAAUCAGUAAUGGGGUGAAUGGUGGAACCCAGGUGUCCCUCCUGACCGGGUCCAGCACCAAGAAACAGCAAGAAUUCACCCUCCAGGAAUCCAGUGUUUUUUAAGAGAACACAUGAAAUGCCAGGUUCCAACUACUUUUCAAAAUAAAACAAAAUAAUCCAGAUUUAUUUAAAAACUGUGAAAAAAAACAAGUCUUGUGCUGCUACUGUUAGUUCAGACAUAUGAAGUAGGCCACUCCAGUGAGACUUUCAAAAGGUUCUGAGAUGUCCUAUUUGAUAAACUGGUAUUUGUGAUGUGCAGUCACCAUACGACAAUACACUUGAUCAAGAUUUGUUUAGAAAUUAUGUAUUUAUGUGAUACAGUGAGGUUUAAAUAUGUAAUCUGUGUACAUCUAUCUUUGCUGUUUAAAGUGUUGUGCAGUUUGCACUGUGUCAAUUAGUUCUGUGCAUAUAGAAGUUAUUUUAAAAAUUAUUGGUGAAAUAACCUCCAUGUUUAUUAAUUCUGAAAGGCAUACUUUUUGUGUUGUUUUGUACAGUGUAAGAAAUGGAGUUGUUGAAGAUAGAAGGUGAUGAUGACAGUAUCGCUGUGUCAGUGUCAUUGUAUUACUGAGACCUGUUAACAGUAUGUUAUUGGCGAAUCAGGAGAGACUUAUCGCUAUCUCUCAGUCUAACAAUGGUUUAUUAUUGAAUUUAUCUGUUGUCAUAUUUGAAUAUGCAUGAAAAUAAGGAUAUGUAUGAAAAUUCCAAAUCAGCUGAGGGAGCUAUACCAUACCUUCAUUAUAACAGCAUUACUGUGUAUUGCCAAUCUCUGCAUAAACAGUACUGGAUUAUUUUCUCUGUUUCUGAUAGAGUACUGCCUUGAGUUGUAGCCAUAGUAACACAACCAGGCUGUUUCAGGCAUUCAUUACCCUAAUGUAAACUCAACCCCACUACCACUGUAACAGCGUAGAACCUAUUUUUAUCCAAAAAUAUUUACUGAUAAUAUUUACUGCAAAUAGAAUCACAAUAUUGCUGGUAAAUGUAUCUAAUAAGCAAAAUAAAUGUUACAUGCUUUU